AUGGGGUGGGGAUUUUAUACUUGCGGUCCAAAUGAAGCGCUUGUUGUAUCGGGCUGUUGUCACAAUAAGCCCUACUACGUGCCUGGCGGUCGAGUUUUCGUACUUCCAUUCAUCCAGAGACUUGAUCGGAUAUCCCUCAAUAUUAUGACUCUAAUCAUCGAGAGUCCGCGUAUUUAUACUCGCAACGGCGUUCCCAUUACUGUCACUGGUGUUGCUCAAGUUAAAAUUCAGAGUUCGAAUUCGGACAUGUUGAGUGCAGCUUGCGAGCAAUUUCUUGGUAAAUCAGAACGGGAGAUUCAAGAGAUUGCCAAGGAGACAUUAGAAGGUCACCAACGUGCCAUUAUGGGAAAUAUGACUGUAGAGGAAAUCUACAAAGAUCGCAAACUAUUCUCUCGCAGCGUCUUUGAGGUCGCCUCCUCCGAUCUUGUCAACAUGGGUAUCAGCGUUGUUAGUUACACGCUUAAGGAUGUCAAAGACGAUGAGGGCUACCUUGAAGCACUGGGAAUGGCACGGACGGCUCAAGUAAAGCGUGACGCGCGGAUUGGCGAGGCGGAGGCGCGUCGAGACGCGGGCAUUCGUGCCGCUCAGGCGGAAGAGGCGCGGAUGGCGGAGCAGCUACGUACCGAGGCCUCAAUCGCGCGUUCCCAACGCGAUCUCGCUCUGCGUCGAGCAGCCUGUGAUCGCGAGGUGCGCGCUCUCCGAGUCAAAGCUGAAUUAGCUUACCAACUUCAGGCAGCUAAGACUCAGCAAGCAAUCCGUGCCGAAGCCAUGGCUGUAGAGCUAUUGGAGCGAAAAAGACGCAUCGAGUUGGAGGAAUUGGAACGACAGCGUGCUCACUUUCGCCUCGAGGCGGAGGUGCGCAAUCCCGCUGCCUCGGAUUGCUUUCGCAUUCGUGCUCUCGCUGAGGCCGAGCAGACCCGCUUAACAGCAGAGGCAGAGGCGGAGGCAGAUGCUAUAAAAGUUAAGGGACUAGCUGAAGCUGAGGCGAAUCGGGCAGUAGCGUUGGCAGAGGCGGAGAAAAUGAGGAGGGUGGCUGAGGCACUCAAGAAUUAUCAGGGCGCAGCUAUGUUGGACAUGGUAUUGCAAACACUGCCGCGCGUAGCAGCCGAGAUCAGCUCUCCAUUGGCUAACUGCAACAAGGUCACUAUGGUUGCCACAGGCGAUGGCGAAGUGGGAGUUGCGAAGCUGUCCAACGAGAUUAUUCGUUUGAUCGAAAGUCUCCCGCAACUGAUCAACUCUCUCACUGGCCAGGAUAUGAAGUCGUACAUUCCAGAUCUCUAA